CAGCAACCUAGGCUCUUGGCCGUUGCAUAUACUUGCAUUGCAUCACCGAUCACUGCAGUAGCAGCUACUAGCGGCACGUAAAUCGGGACGCCAUGUCGAAGCCGCAAAAGAUCGUGAUCAAGCUGGGCAUGCCGAGCCCCAAGAACCGGACGAAAGCCAUGGUGCUGGCGGCCAAAGUAUACGGGGUGAGCUCGGUGGCGAUCACCGGCGACGACAAGGACCAGCUGGAGGUCGUCGGCGUCGACGUCGACACCGCCUGCCUGGUCAGCUGCCUGCGCAAGAAGGUCCUUCGCCGCGCCGACAUCAUGGUGGUGGAGGAAGCGAAGGACAAGAAGAAGGAGGAGGAGAAAAAGAAGCUGGAAGAGCUGCUGCAGAGGGGGUGGCCCGGCUACUACCACCCUCAGCACCACUACCCGCCGUUGAUGGUCGCCUGCGAGGAGCCAGUAACCGGUUGCUCCAUCAUGUAGAAGUAAAAACUACUCCUUCCAUUCCAAAUCGUAGGUUGUUUCGGUUUUUCUAGAUAUAUAAAUUUUAUUAUGCACUUGAUA